AUCAUCGAAAUAGCAAGCUCGAGUUUCCGAUUUAAGAUUCCUCAUGUCCACAAAUGCAUUCACCACAGUUGCCAUUGCUGGUAUCACUGGCGGUCUUGGGAGGCUCAUCGCGGAGUACCUCUUGGCUAAACCUAACGUUCGUGUCCAUGGUCUCUGCCGUACACCUUCCAAGCUACCUAGUCAGCUCCACAAUGAACCCCGUCUCGCCAUCCAUACCAUAUCCUCGACCGAUAUCACCGCGCUCCGGGUCGCUCUCCAUGGCGCCCAUGUGGUUAUCUGCUGUUAUCUAGGCUCUCAUUCCUUGAUGGUUGACGGACAAAAACUCCUCAUCGACGCAUGCAUCGCUGAGGGCGUUCCUCGGUAUAUUGCCGGGGAUUGGUCGAUGGAUUUCCGCAAGUUGGAGCUCGGCCAACACCCCCCUAAAGAUCCGAUGAAGCUUGUGCAGGCAUAUCUAGAGGAGAGGGAGGCGGAGGGACAGAUAAGAGCCGUUCAUGUGUUAAAUGCGUGUUUCUUAGAACGACCGUGGGUGGGGAUGUGGGACGCCAAAGGUCAUCUGUUUAAGUAUUGGGGCACAGGAGAUGAACGAUGGGAAUUCACCACCUAUCGAAAUGCAGCUCAGUUUACCGCAGAGAUUGCAGUGGACCAGGAUGCAGUAGGGUGGUUUUCUUUUCGUGGUGACCACGUCAAUAUCAAAGAGAUCGUCGCAGACUUUCGGGACGUCUAUGGCGAAGAGCCGGGAUUGGUACAAUUGGGAAGCUUAGAGGAUCUCUAUAAGCUUAUGCAUGAAACACGGGAUCAGGAUCCAGACAACGUCAUGGCCUGGAUAGGUCUGUUCUACACGUACUAUUCGCUUAACGGCCAGACGGCAUUACCGCUACCGCUCCACAAUGAUCGUUAUCCUGCCGUCAAGCUAGUCACUGUGCGAGAUUUCUUUGCCAAAACGCCGAAGGAACGGAUUGGAAGGGUUGGGAUACUGCAGUCGUGAGGAAAAUAAGGGCGCGGAUAGGGUUCGUUUACUGCAAAGUAGAGGUCAAUUAGACGUCUAAGGAACAUUUUUGCAGCUUCAAAUGUUUAGGCCCGGGAGAAAACCCUGACACGGGAUCCAAAGGGGAUAUGGCCCAUGGUGUCUUUAGUUUUGCUUGCUGUUGUGUAGUAUCUGACGCCUGACGGUCAAUUCAAGAGUAAAUCACUUCUUUUGGGUCUUUAUGACUUGAUUAUUAUGGCCGAUUUGUUGUGGAAUCAACCGGUGACUGCGUACUUUCCCUUAUCUACCUUGUUGUUUUUCUGACCUGAUGGAGAGUCAAUUAAAGAAUAGUGUUUCGGUCUGC